AUAAAGAUGCUGUUCUGGCUUGCUCUCCAGCUCGGCUCAGCAUGGGGCGCGGCAUUGCCGUCUUCAGAUCCAAUCCCUCAACAUCUGUCUCCAUUCCACCUAAGCGGUCACUGCAAAGGCGAGAACUGCGGGCGGCCUGUCAACAUCGACUUAGAAGUGUGGCAAAGAGGCCAGACGGAGCUGCAAUGGUACGGCGAGAUUACCGUCGGCACCCCGCCUCAAAAGUUCAAACUCAUCUUCGACACGGGCGCCUCACUCAUGUUAAUCGCCCACAAGAACUGCACCACCUGUGGCAGCCACCCUCUCUACGACCCAGCCGCAUCCCAAACCUUCUCAGCGCAUCCAGGCUACGAACUCGAAGUCACCUUCGGCAGCCAAGGCGGUGGAACGACGUCAUCCCCCGAAGUCCAAGGCGCGAACUGCACCGUAGUCACCGACACGGUGCGCAUGGCCGGGCGCGGCGUGGGCACCGAGUUCCUCAUCUGCGACAACUACUCGUCCGGGCUCCGCGAGCAGCCGCCCGACGGCAUCUUCGGCCUGGGCUCGACCCCCUACGCCCUCUGGAACGAGCUCGAGGGCCUGCCCGGGCCCGAGUUCAGCUUCUCCUUCACACCCGACCGCAAGGGCGGCAACAGCGGCAACAGCGGCAACGGCGGCGGGCGCGCGGGCGUGCUCACGCUGGGCGGCACGGACCGGUCGCAGUACAUACCCAGCACCCUCCACAAAAUCCCACUCAACUGGCCGCUGUCGGAGUCGCGGUGGCGGUGGGUGGUGGACGUGCGCGGGGCGCGCGUGGGCGGCGGCGGCACCGGCGGCGCGCCGCUGGCCAACUCGACCGACGCCGUCACGCUGGUCGACACGGGCGGCGCCACCAUCAUCACGCCCGACCGCGAGACCACGCUGGAGCUGUACGCCCGCAUGUCGCCCGACAUUCGCCCGCUCGAUGAGCGUGGGGCUUGGGGCGCGCCGUGCGACGUGCUGGACCGCGCCGCGCUGGAUGUGACGUUCACGCUGGGGAGUGCGGAUAGUCAUGUUGAUGCGGUGGUUAGGAAGGAGUAUGUGAAUGUUGGGGAGUAUCCUGGCAUGCCUGGGAUCUGCCAGGGUGUCUAUACCGACCCGGAGCGCGUUGCGCGCGAGCCGAUCCGUGGUCGUCCCGCUUGGAUCUUUGGCACCCCCUUGCUGAGGUCGUACUACACCGUUUGGAAUGGCGCUGACCACACGUUGGGGUUUGCGACUCCAUCUCCACGCGAUCAGUACUGAAUAUUGGGGUUCGGUGGUGUUUGUUGGCUGGGCGGAGGGUAUGUUGGGGUCGCUUGACUUGCUCGGGUGGAAAGGGGUUAGGGGUCAGGGGUUCGCUUCACCGACGCCGACAGGUUCGAUAGUUUAUAUCUUUCUUUCUUGCCUUUACGCCCACGAGAUACUGUUGCGACAUGUGGUUUGCGUUCUCGUGUCAAACAAUUGAUCACCAGU